AGCGCAACAAUGGGCCUCUAACGUCUAUCACCAUAGCAACAUUAAUAGUCAGACAACAUUCCAAACGGAAGAGAAUUCAUGAAUUCAUUCUUUCAGAAUUCUAAACACUUUGCAAUCUGCAAAAAUUACUGAGCGCGUUUCUAUGAGCAAUCCAAUGGCAUAUUUUUACACCUCAACGAAGAAGAUUUCACUUCAGGUACCGAGACCCAAAAGUGCGAUGAUUAACCGCGACAUCGACUCGAAGAGUGUACCGAGGCCCAAAAGUGCAGUUUACCGUGACCCGUCGAAGAAAGUCAAGUUCAGUCUUGGUGCCAGGCUGCGUGAAACGGGAGAGAUGUUCGUUGUGCCCGACUGCCACCACAAUAUGAGAAUCAGAGAGCUAAAAAACACCAUGGAAUUAGUGGUUGGGAUUCCCACAGACUUCCAGAGAGUAUGCUACCUGGAUAAUGGUGACCUAUGUGAUGACACCACUAUUCACUGUAAUGACAUCGUCCCUGGAACUACUGUCACCCUGAUGAUCUGGCCUUAUGAUGGAUGGGCUGAGCUUGUGAUCGCUGCAGCUACUGGCAAUGUAUUCAAGCUCAAGAGUGUGAUGUCCAAACCAGCACCGCCACGUUCCUCCCAUCUCAGUGCUAUGGGUUCUAUGAGUGGAGCUCCUUCCUGGCUCUCUCACCGUCUCUUCUCUGCUCUGUUCAUCAGUGCCCACCGUGGACACAUGCCCGCUGUCCGUUUCCUGCUCCAACAAGGGGCCAACGUUAAGGGCCAGACUCCCCUGGGGCGCGGGGCCCUCCACGCGGCAGCCGCCCAGGGCCAGUUGCAGUCCAUCCAGGAGCUACUGGUGCGCGGCGCCCCACACCAACUGGAGGACGCUGAGGGCAUGACAGCUCUGAGAACCGCCAUGCGCUGGGACCAGAGGAAGAGCACCCGGCAGCUCUUCCUCUUCCACUGGCAGGAGCGUGCGCAGGGCGUGCGCCUCAAGCCUCACCUGGAUGAGACAGAGCUGUUCGCCCACCAGAAACAUGACUCCCAACUACGCACCUGGCACCGCGGUGCCCACGCUCAGAGAUACAUGGCCCACCUGGGGCGCUGUAGCCGUGGGGUUGAGGGCAGGGUGGAAGUGAGGCAGCUGGGGCCGCCGCAGAACACGGCCAUGAGGGCCCAGGCAAGGAGGGCGUGGAUGGGGGAUGCGUGACCAGAGCUGCAUGUCAAGAACAGGGCAGAUGGCCAAGAGCCUGGUCCUGGAGAGCCGUGCACACAGGAUUUUAUUCCAGCCCAGCACCAACACACCAGUUCCUAACUACUCUGGAUUGAAUCGCAUGAGCAGUCGGAUCAUUUGAAUCAGAUGUGUUAGUGUUGGGUUGGAACAAAAACUUGCUAACAGACAAUGUUUCCCCCCUGUUCAUUUAGUCAGAAGUUUGCCUACCUCUCCCACAUCGGACGUUGAGUAAGCACUUUCGCAAUGGUUCCGAGCAGCAAGACUCCCUUCAUGAAAUUAUCAAGAAGCAGAAAAGUAGAUGAACUGACAUUUACAGUGCCUUGCGAAACUAUAUAAUCAAGAUAAACCAGUGAAAAAAAGGUGCAGCAAAAAGGUGUAAUCACAUUAGUCAGAGAUGGGGAAAUAAGAACCUGGACGACAGAAUGUGACACUGCUUAUUGGUGAAUGAAAGUAGAAACCAGAGAGAAAAAAUAUAUAUAAAUACUGUAUGAUAAAAGCCAAUUCAACGGGAGUUGACAACUGUUAAAUGGGAAAUAAAGUACCUUUAAGGUUUAAA